GUGCCACCGCUAGGACUGCUGCAUUCAUUGUGAGGGGCUGCAUACCCACUGGUCCGGUUGCGGCAGUCGUGUGCUGUUCGAAAAGACGGGGUGGUGAUGACCGAGAAACAUGUGAUUUACGUGAGCUGGAGACCGCGUCGACCGAUCACUCCCAAAUCGACGGGACCCAACUGUGCAAGCUAGUUGAGCGAGUCUCGAUCAUCAGCCCGCCGCAAUACAGAUAGAGAUGAUCUCGGCUUCGGGACUUUGUACGCUAACGUGCGUUUGGGCGGGAUUCGGUCUCCUGCUCGGAGGUCGUGAAUCGCUGCUGGUCUCUGGUGAGCCACACGGAGGACACGUCCGCUUAAGCCGAAAGUCCGGAAUCCCAGAUACUACCGCUUAUGCAGGCUACAUUUUCAACUACACUCUACCCGAAGACAUUUUCAAUGGGGAAGUUCACCACUAUGACGUGACAGAGGCCGGCGACAUUCGUCUACCCGGCUGGCUGCAGUUCGACGUGAAGAACCGCAGACUUAUCGGCUUGCCCGACGUCCACGACGAAGGCAAAGCGUACAUUUGCGUGAAAGCCUAUGGCUUUGGCAUGCGACAUCAAGGAAACUCGCUCGACGAGCAAUCGGUCAGCGAUGAGAAAUCGACACAGUUCAAAGACAUCUUCUCAAUAGAAGUUCUACCCAACAAACUUAAGGAUCCACACUGCCGCUUCGAGCCGCGAAUGACCUUGAUGGUCGAUGCCGAUUUGCACUUCUUGCCGCUCGAGAGUAAAAUCGAGAUGACCUGUUCUCUCGCGAACUGUCUAGGCGUAGCUCUUGAAUCGCUCCGUCUCACCGCGAUGCCGCAAAGCAAUAGCCUUCUGUUUCCGUCAUUGCACGACGACUCCCACAUACGAUCAGGCGCGGGAGACGGUCACAAGCGAACCAAGUCCGGCAUCCAAUUCGAAUGGAAUAUGCCCAGCGACUGCGACGGUCAACUCACGGCCGAAGCCGACGAACAGAUCAAAAUUGUCGAGACUACGGCAAAGGAUAGCACCCUCAGACACCUUCUCAGACACAGAGUGCUCGGCUGGCACGUUCGCGGCACAUCGCUAGGAGGGAAUCAGGUGUCUGGUUUUUCGAUCAUGAGGCAGAGGAGGGACAUGGGCACAAGCCAGACGCCGAUGCCUGGCAUAGUAGUGCCGACUGCGACGCUGACAAACGACCUCGAUUGGGACUCUGCUUCACCGGACACCCGAAUAGUGCCUAGCAUGUCGUCGCCAGCGGUCGAUCCGAGCUCUUACGCACCGCACCCGACCCGUCACUUCGAAGAAAUGAUCACACCCACCAUGACGAUUCAGUCAAUGCUCCCCGGCUACGGCCUUUCGACGCCCGCUCUCCCCCCGCCUCGGCCGUCGUUCACCUACGUACCCGCCGAGACAAACUCACCUCCCUCAAUGACCCCAAUCAUCGAACCUAGUUCCACCGUAAUGUAUCCACCUCCUACCGCAGAUCCCACUGGGAGGCCUUUGGAUCCGCCCUCGCCCGGUUCAAUACCUGAACCCGAUCCGCCCACAGUGAACAACAAGCCUGUGGUCAACAAACGCUUGAAGAAGCUCGUCCUUACUGCCGGAGCUAUAUUCACGUACAAGAUUCCCGCAGAGACGUUCAUGGACGAAGAGGACGGAGACACCAGGGGACUCGCUCUCGAGCUGACCAGCACCAACGGUCAGCCCGUGAACACAAGCUCAUUCAUCCAACUAGACAAAGAAAAUCAAACUCUGUUCGCCCUGCCGGUCGGCGAAGUACACGGGAAGCACACGUUCUUCCUCAAGGCCUACGACAGCGCCGGAGAAAGCGUGACCGAGACAUUCGAAGUCAAUGUGUGGCAACAUCCGAAGGAAAGAAAUUUCCACCACAAGUUCAAGAUGUCCGUGCAACCGCGAGGAGACUGGGAUUGGGCGAUCGGAUGGCCCAUGGACGUCGUGCGCGUACUUUCAAACUAUUUCGGAGACGGAGACGACAUCAAGAUUACGAUCAUCAACAUCGAUAAGAGAAAACAUACGAUCUCGUGGACGAACAGCUCGUUGCCUGCGACGCCUUGUCCCCGCGAGGUAUUGAAGCAGAUCGAGAAGAAACUCAACAAAGACUCGGGUGAACCCCGGGGCGUGUUGAUCAAAGCGAUGGCCGAGAAAGAGAUCACCAUCGUCCAUAUCUCUCUAGACAUGCUCGGACUCUGUAAGACGCCUCUGAGUACGGGUGCGCCGGCAGAGAACAAUGCCCCGCUCCGUCGGAACAACAUCGGCGAGCUAGAGGCAAUCGUAGGUAGAUUCUUCCUAUUCAAAAUACCCGAGGACACCUUCUACGACUACGACGACGGCAGCACGCGUUACCUGUCGCUGAAUCUACGUAACAUGAAUGGGGAGAGUGUCACGCCGCAAUCUUGGCUUCAAUUCAACACCAAAUCGCAGGAGCUCUUCGGUUUGCCCGAAGCGAGCGAUCUCAACCGGACCGAAUACAUCAUGAGCGCGGCCGACAAGUUGGGUCAAGAAGCCAACGACGUGUUCCUGGUCGACGUGCGUAAGCCCGACAACGAAAAGUACGCCGUCGAGUUUUCGAUUCAGUUCCAAGAGUCCAUCGACGAAUUCAGGAAAAACGCCACCAAGAAAGUCAUCGUCGUGCAGAAGCUCGCGAAACUCUACAACGAUCCAGACCCCAUGAAGAUCACUGUCACGAGCAUUCUGAACGGUUCAACCAUAUUCACCUGGACGAACAACACCUUAGCGAUGGAUCGCUGUCCAUCGGACGCUAUCAAGGCUUUGAGCGCCAAGCUAAUUGAGCAGUUUCCUCAGCAACAAGCGAACGCAGGUCACAUCUCGAGGAACCUCGUCGAUGCGAUGUGGCCUGACUUCCGGGUGUUGAGGGCUGACGUUCGUCCUCUCGGAGCCUGUCUCGGUGCGGGGGGAGUGCCUCCCUCGUCGGGAAUAUCGCCCCCAUUAGCACCGAAAACGCAUCCAGGCAAACAGCCAGAGGACGACGAAGUUUAUUUCACCACAGUCAUUCCGGCUCUGGUCAUCAUAUUCAUGUUGGUCAUGGCCACCGCCGUAGCCUGCUGCCUCUACAGCAAACGUAGAAGGGGCAAACUAGGCCUGAAUGACAACUCGCUAUAUCAUAAGGGCAUCCCGAUCAUUCUCAAUGAAGAACUUGAGGAUCGUCCGCACAUGGGCGGCUCAGGUGGAAAACGACCCGCUAUCAUGCAUGAAGAACGGCCACCUUUGUCCCGGGACGUCAUGGCUCCGCUUCUGGGUCAAGGCUCGAUGCAUCAUCGAUCCAAUGAGCCCUAUCAUCAACCGUCGCCUCCUUACGUCGGCGGACCUUCGAUGGGUUCCGGCGCUAGAGGCAGUAGACCGCGCGGGGUUCCGAGUUAUCGGAACCCACCCCCUUACGUGCCUCCUUAA